UGUUUUUUUGUUUUGUUCCCUUCAAAUUGUGCCGGUAAUUUUAUACCAAUUAGCAAAAAAAAAAAAAUAGGGACAAGAAGAGUAAGAACUAAGAAGCAAGAAAGAAAGAAGAAAAAAAAACUGUGCGCUAUAUUGGUGGGGUGCAUGUUUGUUUGUUAACUCUGUUUACAAAGUAGUCAUGGCCAAUUCAACCGACUCUCUCUCCAUUAACAUUGAUUUCAUACCUUUGGGAGGAAAGGAAUGCAUAGUGAAAACAAGCAAAGGUUCUGUCUCUGUGCUUGUUUGUGGGGAUCAAGAGAAACCUGCUCUAAUAACCUACCCAGAUGUGGCUCUCAAUUAUGUGUCUUGCUUCCAAGGUCUGUUGUUCUGUCCAGAUGCAGCUUCUUUGAUGCUUCAUAACUUCUGUAUUUAUCACAUUGAUGCUCCGGGGCACGAGUUGGGAGCUGAUGUGAUUUCUUCAGACGAACCAUUGCUUUGUGUGGAUGACUUAGCUGAUCAGGUUGCAGAAGUUCUUGAUUUUUUUGGGCUAAGACAGGUUAUGUGCUUGGGUGUAACAGCUGGUGCUUACAUCCUGACAUUAUUUGCUAUGAAAUACAAAGAACGAGUGCUUGGAUUGAUUCUUGUUUCACCAAUUUGUAAAGGACCUUCAUGGACUGAAUGGAUUUACAACAAGGUUUUGAUGAACUUAUUAUACUUCUAUGGUAUGUGUGGUUUACUGAAAGAAUGCCUCCUACAGCGCUACUUUAGUAAGGAGCUUAGAUGCAGUCUUCAGGGAGCAGAAUCAGAUGUAAUACUAACUUGUAGAAGACUUCUGGAUGAAAGGCAAAGUUUGAAUGUCAUGCGUUUUCUUCAAGCAGUUAAUGCAAGGCACGACCUCAGCGCGGGUUUAAAGAACUUGCAAUGCAAGACACUUAUAUUUGCAGGAGAGAGUAGUCCAUUCCAUGCUGAAUCUGUCUACAUGAGUGCAAAAAUGGACAGCAAAUUCUGUGCACUUGUUGAGGUUCAAGCUUGUGGGUCACUAGUAACAGAAGAGCACCCAAACUCUAUGAUAGUACCAAUUGAGUGUUUCUUAAUGGGUUUUGGCUUUCACAGACAACCGCAUUUUUCCUCCUCAUCGAGCAACGGCUCAAGUCCGGCAAGUCCUUCUGGUCAUUCAUGCAUGGCACCGGAACUCCUCUCCCAAGAGAGUUUAGGAAUUAAGCUAAAGCCUAUCCGAACCCGUGUUGGUUGAUGUUGAAAUCUAGACACAUUUCAACAUGGAGUAAGAUUUCAAGCACUGCACAUAAUAUAUAUAUAUAGCUACUUUUGAAUUAAUGUAUAACAUUCCUAGUGUAGGUUCUAUUCUUUGAUGACGUUUGUUGACUAAUGAUUGUUUUUCCUAUCACGGUAAAAAAAAAAGUAGUAGGAGAAGCCCCAUAUUUGACAAUAGGAUUAUUCUUUUAAGAAUAUGGUUUUUGAGAUAGAUAUCUAAACUCAACAGUUUCACCUCUUAAGCACUAUUUGUUUCUGUUGUUAA